CAUACCUUCUGGUCAUCACCAUCAAACCAUUUAUUGAGCCCUUUUCAGUCUUUGUCGAUGCUUGAUCCAUAAAUCAAUUGUCCCACCGACACUGGGCAAGCACUCUCUAUCAAGAUCUAUCACUCUCGUGCCGACAAGGUCCCUUCUCGCUGGCACGCUUUCACAGUGCCCGAGAAUGAGGCCAAUCAUAAUGCUGGCCAACACAUCUCCGAAGCUGAAAAAGUGAGGACCAGAGUUUGGCCGCUACUAACUUGUGCUACGAUAGAUUAGUAUUCUGCGGCUGUCGUCCUCCAAGCCUUCGAAGACGUUGAUGCCUGUCAGAGAUUCCUCACUAUCUCCUUUUCAUCCACGAUCGAUUCCGGGAAUGUGGGCCACUAUGGAGGAUGUGCAUGCACGCCCACUCGAUCCAUUAUUUCGUCCCUGUGCUUUGAGUUGUCCGUCAUUGCGACAGAUUUUCAACGACCACCACCACCGUCAAGACGCUUUCCUCAUCGUGGUCUUAUCUUACGUGCAAGAUGGCUAAGAUGGCUAUUUCCCCAAGCGCUUUGGGUGUCUCGGUUGGCCGCUAUGUAUGGUAGCCGUAAAUGGCCCAACAUCCCGUUUUAUGGUCCUCCCCCUUGCUACGCGUGGUCCUCGAUUUGGCAGCGCAUUGAUCCUCCGAGGGCUCUCCCAUGCCCUACCGGCCCCUGUCCUCUACCAUUGUAAACAUGUGCUUGGAUCGAAGAUCAAAAGAUUGGAUCCCGGAUGCCUCAUCAUAUGUCUUAUAGUACUGACCCUGCUCCACCCCCGGUCGCAGUUUUGUCGAGGCGUGUUGUUCUGUCGGUUGAAUGCUCCCUUGCUUUUCCACGAGUUGAUAUAUGUCCCGAAUGCGAGCAGAAGAGUUUGAGUCGCUAUUUGACUUCAGUGCUCAUGUCCAAGACGUGUAUGUGCGGCGCACCAGGCUGUUGAACGGAGUCUCCCACGUCAACUCGCGACGCUAUGGAGGGAACCCUGCCGCCACAGCCUUGUCGGCUGCUGGAUCUGCCGAAUGAACUCAAACUCCAUAUUGUCGAUUAUAUUCAUGAUAUGAGAGAUCUGUACAAUCUCUCCAGAACAUGUAGUGUACUCGAGCAUAAGGUCAUGAAGCGGCUUUACCACAGUGUGGACUGCCACUUUCCUCGCCUCAGUCAUUCCAGGAAAUCCGGGUCGCGUCCAUUCCGCGCACCGGUCACACAGUCCGUCCGUCAUCUUACAGUCAGAUAUGGCAUGGUGGAUCGAACACUUCCAUCAUCGGCCAGCAGAGUCGAUUCUGGUGACAUGUAUAAUCCAGAUGACUUCAUCUAUGAAAUUCUUCAGGACAUCCCGACCGGUCGGUUGACAAGUUUCGCGUUCCUGUACCAGACACCAUUGGGUGCCCGGUUACUCGACCAGCUCAUACAGCGACACGAUAGUACGCUUCAACAUCUACGCUUCUGCGAACCCGGUGCUUGGGAAAAGAGCAGUCUUGUGCCGACAAACCUCACCAGCCUCGAAUGUCGCACAGUUCACGAUGGGGACUCGAUUGAGAGGAUCAUAAUGACGAACAAAAAAACACUGCAGAAAUUACAAUUGGGCCAAGAAAAACAGUUGAUCGAACAGUACCAUCAGAGAAGAGGCGGUCAUAUGGAGCAGGUCAAUCAGCCAAAGGACACCUUUUUCACUGCCGCCCUUGCGCUGAAGGACUUUAAAAAUCUGCGUGAGCUUUCGCUGCAUGCCUUGGACGUGUCGAGGCUCCGACCUGGGUCAAUGCAGGAGGGGUCAUUCUUCUGUAACCUGGAACGGAUGACUUUAGAGUCUUGCCCUGGCAGCGCAGAGUUCUUGGACCUGCUCGCAAAUGCAUUUCACUGGACGUUGCACUCAUCUGAGGCCCCCCAGAACCCGCGAGUUCCACCCAAACUCAAACACUUCCUGUUCCGUCACGAGAACCCAACAGCUGCAGUCAAAGACUCGAUCGUCCGCUUUCUCGGGUCCUUCAAUGGACUAAAUACAUUGUCUUUACUUUUCGAUAAUGGAGCCAUCCUCGAACGGCCGUCGACUUUUAUUGAGAGACACGGACCCACGCUGCGCACCCUCGUGCUGGAAGCCCGAACUCAGCCCCGUGAGCACCUCAGUAUGGAUACGUCGCGCCCGUUUGGGGCUGGUGGUUACAGCCAGGAGCUAUGGGUUGAAUCGAUCAAUGAUAUUGCACGAUUCUGUCCCAAUCUCGUCGAGUUGGGCAUGGGAUUUCCUUGGAAUGACGAGCUGGUGCGACUGCGGAAGACGGCCUUGCCUACCUUGCAACAUCUCAGAACGAUCCACAUACGCAACUUCCCCGAGAACCAUGUCUGCAGCCAGCUCGGCGACUACAGCAUCAAAGAGUAUGCCAACAAGUUCAUUGAAUGGGUAUUUCCGGACCUUGUUGGCGGAUGUCAGCCGAGCUUAGAACAGCUCGCCAUAGGGCCGACCGUCUACCAGAGUCGCUGGAAGAUGAAGCCAUCUUCUACAUCAACGGCUUUGGGACGUCAACCGCCGCAGUUUCUGAGUACACAUCAUUUCUGCCUGGAUUGGGCACAGACACGGUUCGGUCGGUGGACUCCGCUCGUCACGCCUGUUUCGGAGAAAUUCAUGGAAGAAUUGGCUGGGACAAGACCUCUUGGAGGUGUCUUCGAACAGGUAUGGCUGAGAUAAGGUAUUCUACCUUCUGCCAAUUUGACGAUAGAUAUUUGGAUUUCCGCGGCGCAUUCACUGAUUGACUCACUUCUUGGGUGCAUUUUAUGAUGGCGUCAGUUACAUGGUUGUGGAGCGAUUGAGCGGUAAAGUUGAACGAGCAAGCGAUAAGACUGUAUCUAUUUGUACGAAUUUGUUCAAGUUAGCGUCCAUCGUAAAAGCAAUAUGUGUAAAUUAAUCAAAACAUCAAAUGUCAUAUCACUGUCUAAUGUAAUUGAGUACGUGGAAAUGGC